AUGUCCACUUACGAAGUUGAACACAAUACAACAGACCCGGGCACAGCAACGCCCUCAACACACCGUCGGCGCCCCGACCUCUCCACCUUCUUCGCGACCCUCUCCGAAAUUAGCCCCGACGAAGCCCGCACAAGGGAACAUGCCGUUCCCGUCCCGCGCGACGUGAGCGCAGCCUUCUACUCCCUCGCCGAAGCCUUCGAUCUGAUGCGCCGCGAGGGCGACCACAGCGUACCCACUUCCGGCGAAGGCGAUGAUGACCUCCUGACGCAGAUGAUUCAGAGCUUGCUGAGCUCGGCCGAGACGCCUCCGCGGGAGGUUGAGGGUGUUAGUGAGGAAUUUUGCGAUGUUCUGGACCGUGUGCCUAAGGCCUCAUUGAAGCCGUCGCAGAGUUGUCCGAUUUGCGGGAAUGCGUUUUUGGAGGACCAGUAUCCGCUUGUUGUGCGUUUACCAUGCCAUCCGACGCAUCUUUUUGAUCUGGAGUGUGUGCGGCCGUGGUUGAGGUUGAGGGGCACGUGUCCGCUUGAUCGGACGGAUUUUGCGAAGCAGGAGAGGGAGAAGGCUGAGGCUAGGAGGAAGAAGCCGGUUGAAGAUGAUGAGGAAGAGUGGGAUGGUAUGUAUGGCUAG